AUGGCUGCUGCGUUUAGCACUAUAACUACAUCAUCAUUCUUCCUAUUUCUGUGUUUAACUGUGAUCCUAUUUUUUACUUUGUCAUGCUUUUCUGCUGAUCCAGACCCUCUCCAAGAUAUUUGUGUGGCUGACUUGAACUCCACAAUUAUUAUUAAUGGGUACCCUUGCAAGCCGGAAUCCCAAGUUACAUCAGAUGAUUUCUUUUAUAGUGGAUUGGUUAAAGAACCAAGCACAGAUAAUCCCGAAGGGCUAGGAGUGAGACGUGGAGAUGUUCAAAACUUCCCUGGGAUGAACACCCAAGGACUUACGGUAAGCCGAGUCGCCCUCGCACCUAAUGGAAUUAUUCCACUUCACGUACACCCUCGAGCAAGUGAAUCCAAUUUUCUCAUAAAAGGGUACGUCAUUUUUGGGUUCAUAACUACAGAUGAUAUUUUGUACGCAAAGGUUAUGAAACCUGGAGAGUUGUCUAUUAUUCCUAGAGGACUUGUGCACUUCGCUGUGAACGUUGGACAGGGGAAGGCUGAUCUAUUAGCUGUUUUCAAUAGUCAACUGCCCGGAUUUGCAAAUAUUCAAACUAAUCUCUUUAAUUCUACCCCAACAAUUCCUGAUUAUAUUUUGGCAAUGAACUUCCGAGUUGAUGAGAAGGUCAUCGCAAUGAUAAAGUCUAAGUUUGGUCUCAAUGGUUCUUUGGCUACUGGAACUUGGAAAGAUAGGUCUCUCUAG